AUGGCGACUAAAAGUCCAAGCUUAAACUCCCUGAUGAAUUACCGUUUUGUCAAGAAGCAAGUUCCUAAACUAACGAGUGGAAGUGAGAGCUUAUUCAGCUCGGACACUAAUGGCAUUGAUAGUCCGCAGGGAGUUAAAGAAAUGAACAAACAGACAGACAGUCAAACAAGCAGCUGUUCCUCUGCCACAAUUCUCUACUCUGAUCAGGAAGGCGGGAGUCAAAACAGUGAAACUACCAUUCCAUAUAAUCCAAGCCAGAACUUAGGAAGUCAGGAUCCCUUCUUACAAAAUACAGAUGAGGAGCUGACAUGUAGUCCAGAGUCCCCAAUAUUUCGUGGAAAGGUCAAAGGGUCAAACAGGAAUUGUAUAAAGGAUGAAGACACAGAACCUGGAUCCUCUCCUUGGCUUUCUAAAGAGCAGGGCAUAGUAAAUGGUGCAGCUUCUACCUCUAAACAAAGAAGGAAAUCCAAGCAGGAGGUGAGGCAGGGGUUUGGGGACGACUUGACCCCAGACCAGACGGAGGCGGUCAAUCACUUGAAGGCAAUGUUCCCAGACAGAAGUAUGGACAUUCUACAGCAAGCUCUGGAGGCACAGUCCUGGAAUGUUGAGAAUGCUGUCGAUCAAAUGAUUGAUUCAUCCAAGGCCCUCAAAAAGAAGGGUGCCAAAAAGCGAAUUAUACGUGUGGACAGCAGUGAUUCCGAUGGGGAAGGAGGGUCACCAAUCCAUCACCCCUCUAAAAGGGCACGACCUCUAGACUCCAUUGACCUUGACCAGACUCAAAUCUCAGAAGAGGAGAAGAAUAAAAGGAUCGUCUUCCUUCAGGAGGCAUUUCCCGGGAAAAAACGAAGGGAUCUACAGAGAGCUUUGGAGAAUAACAAUUGGCAGACAGACGACGCCCUCCUGGAACUUAGUAACUUCAUGGAUAACGGCAAAGAGAGACAAGCUGCACUGGAAGAUGAAGAGGAGGAUUUUAAGAGUGAAGAUGAAGAAGUAGACAGUGAUGAUAGCAUUGAGAUGGACACAGAGACAGCUCGCACAGAAAGAGAGAAAAUUCUGGCUUUCUUUGACGAAGCAACAAUUGAGGAACUAUCUGCAACACCUGGAUGUUCCAAGAAACGAGCUGAAGUCAUCAUAUCACUAAGGCCAUUUAAAAACUGGAAUAAACUCACAACAGAAUUCUAUAACAACAAAGCCUUGUCCUAUGACAUCAUCAGUGGUUGUAAGGACAUUCUUCGUGUGCGACAAGUUAUCGUCAAACUAAUGCAGAAGUGUGAGGGGAUCUCUAAAAAGAUGGAGACUGUAGUGUCCUGUCUGACCAAGAAAACAGAAUUUGAUGAAAGCAGUGAUGAUGAUUCGAUACAGAUUACAAAACAGCCACAGAAUCUGUCACCUGGCUGUCAGCUGAAGCCUUUCCAGAUGGUGGGACUGAACUGGCUUCGUAUCAUGCACUCCCAGCACCUGAAUGGCAUCCUGGCUGAUGAAAUGGGACUUGGUAAGACAAUACAGACAAUUGCUUUUAUUGCUCAUCUGCUGGAGGAAGGAGAGACUGGGCCCCAUGUUGUUAUUGUUCCCUCAUCAACUAUAGAGAAUUGGAUGAGGGAGUUUGAAACUUGGUGCCCUGAGGUUAACCUCCUUGUGUAUUAUGGUUCUGUGGAGGAUCGUCGUCAGAGUCGCAUGUCACUUCUUUAUGAUUCCAGCUCUCGGUACAAUGUCGUUCUUACAACAUACAACAUGGCCACUGGAAGUGUAGAAGACCGGGCAUUGUUUAAAAAAGUGAAUUUCCAUUACGCAAUCUUUGAUGAGGGUCACAUGUUAAAAAACAUGUCCUCUUUACGCUACCAGAACUUAAUGAAAAUAGCAGCAGAACGUCGUUUGUUACUGACGGGGACGCCCCUACAGAAUAACCUGUUGGAACUGAUGUCUCUGUUGUGUUUUGUAAUGCCAGAAAUCUUCAGUGGAAAAACUGAUCAAUUAAAACAGAUGUUCUCCAUGAUCAAUAGAGGAGUUGAUGAUAAAGCCAAAAGUAAAUAUGAAAGGGAGAGAAUUCAGCAUGCCAAGAGAAUCAUGAGACCAUUCGUUUUACGAAGGCUUAAGUCUGAGGUCCAGCGACAGCUACCCCAGAAGAAGGACCGGGUCCUGUAUUGUGAACUAAUUCCCCAGCAGAGGGCGCUGUACCAACAGCUGAUCACAAAAUUCAAACAGGUCAUAAAGGACGACCAGGUCAAGGAAUCGCGGGAUGGAGCCUCCAUGUUGAUGCAGCUGAGGAAAGCAUCCAAUCACCCGCUUUUGUUACGGAACCAUUACACUGAAGAUAAACUGAUGAAGAUGGCCAAACAACUCACAAAGGAACCUUCCCACAGAGAGAGAGGGGCGCUGGCUGAGCUGAUUCAUGAGGACAUGAUGGUCUUAAAUGACUAUGACAUCAUGAAGCUGUGUGACCAGUACAAGAAAUAUAUAGGAAGUUACAAACUAGACUCUCAAGUCAUUAUGGAGUCAGGGAAAUUCAGGGAACUGGAGAAACUUCUGGAAACUUAUGAAUCUCAGGGAGACAGAGUUUUACUCUUCAGUCAGUUUACAAUGAUGAUGGAUAUAAUGGAGGAUUUUUUAAAGACCAAGAAUUACUCCUACCUACGUCUGGACGGCUCUACACCGGUACCAGAAAGACAAGAAUUGAUAGACAAGUUUACCAAAGAUGAGAGUAUAUUCAUCUUUAUGUUGUCUACACGAGCCGGUGGUUUGGGGAUCAAUCUAACAGCAGCUAAUGUGGUCAUCAUCCAUGACAUCGACUUCAACCCGUACAAUGAUAAACAAGCCGAAGAUCGGUGUCACAGGGUGGGACAGACCAGGGAGGUGUCAAUAAUUCGUCUGAUCAGUAAAGACACGGUAGAGGAGGGUAUGCUGAGAUGUGCUCGAGACAAACUCAAACUGGAGAAGGACAUAACAACUGAUGAAAGCACAGAUAAAGAAAAUCCUUCAGAUGUGGCAUCUCUCCUCAAAGGUGCUUUGGCCGACAGUUCUUGACCCCAGUUGAACUCUAGUCUGCCAAUCAUAUUAUAACGUUCACAACCUCAGAACAAACUC